CCUCUCUUCUAUCUUUCUGUGCAUUAACACCCUGAGAACUUUGGGAGUCAAAACUUCUGGGCACAACAUUUAAGUAUAUACUUAGUGCAAUGCCUGGAUUAGCUAUGGAGGCAUUAUAUGGGGAUGGUGUAGUAGACGAAUCCAAUGGAGGUUACACCCCAUAUAAGGAAAGCUUUACCCAGCAAGGCUCUCCAAGAAGUCCAUUGAGUCCACAAAGCCCUCAAAGUGACUCCAUUGAUCUGGCUAUUGAUGGUGUGAUUGACACCUCUAUCGAUCAGCUGUAUCACAAUGUAUACGAGAUGCAGAGCUCUGAUCAGUCACCCUCGAGGGCUAGCUUUGUGUCAUAUGGUUGGGAAUCGAGGAUUGAUUCAGAAUUGCGUCAUCUUGUUGGAUAUAAUGAGGAAUUUGAGGUGACAAAGGAAGUGGUGAUAGAAAAUAAGGAGAAGGGUAAUGGAGGUGACUUGACUCCCGGGUCUAUUGGUAAAAAGUCAGCAAAGAACCAGCUUUCUCGCUUGCACUUGGACUCUGGAGCAUCAGCAAAAUCAAGUCCUAAGAGUAAAUCUUCUCAUGAGAAGCCUCCAAUUGAUAAGAGGUAUGAGAAGAAUUCAAGAAAAGGGAAUGCAGUUUUUGCCAUGAAAAGGCAGAGAAAUUUGGCUUUACUGGGAGCUAAGUUUCAGAAUGGAGUUGAUAAUCCUGUUGUGGCAGCACUAGAUAAUCCAGACCUUGGCCCCUUCUUGCUUAAACAAGCUAGGGAUAUGAUUUCUUCUGGUGAAAAUCCUCAGAGGGCUCUUGAACUGGCUCUUCGGGCAAUGAAGUCAUUAGAGAUAUGUGCACAAGAGAAGCCCAGUUUGGACCUGGUCAUGUGUUUGCAUGUUUUGGCAGCAAUAUACUGCAGCUUAGGCCAAUACAAUGAGGCAAUUCCAGUUCUUGAGCGCUCAAUUGACAUUCCAGUGAUAGAAGAUGGCCAAGAUCAUGCCCUAGCUAAGUUUGCUGGGUGCAUGCAAUUAGGUGAUACCUAUGCAAUGCUAGGGCAGAUUGAGAAUUGUAUUCUGUUUUACACAGCAGGCAUGGAAAUCCAAAAGCAAGUAUUGGGAGAAACAGACCCUCGACUUGGCGAGACAUGUCGGUAUGUAGCUGAGGCCAAUGUUCAAGCAUUGCAGUUUGAUGAGGCUGAGAAGCUUUGUCAGAUGGGUCUUGACAUCCACAAGGAGAAUGGUUCUCCUGCUUCUCUUGAAGAAGCAGCAGAUAGGAGGCUCAUGGGACUUAUCUGUGAUGCAAAGGGUGACUAUGAAGCUGCUCUUGAGCACUAUGUUUUAGCAAGCAUGGCCAUGGCAGCCAAUGGCCAUGAAAUAGAAGUGGCUUCGAUCGAUUGCAGCAUCGGCGACGCUUAUCUAUCCUUGGCUCGGUAUGAUGAGGCAGUCUUUUCUUAUCAGAAAGCACUGACAGUCUUUAAGUCAGCUAAGGGAGAGAAUCACCCUACUGUUGCUUCAGUUUUUGUUCGUUUAGCUGACUUGUACCACAAGAUAGGAAAGUUCAAGGAGUCCAAAUCUUAUUGUGAAAAUGCUCUUCGAAUCUAUCAAAAGCCUAAUCCUGGGAUCCCUUCGGAAGAGAUUGCCAGUGGUCUUAUUGAUGUUUCUGCUAUCUAUCAAUCUAUGAAUGAACUGGAGCAGGCACUCAAGCUACUUAAGAAGGCUUUGAAAAUAUAUGGUAAUGCCCCAGGUCAACAAAGCACAAUUGCUGGAAUUGAGGCCCAGAUGGGUGUCAUGUAUUAUAUGAUUGGGAACUACUCUGACUCUUACAACACCUUGGAAAGUGCCAUUUCAAAGUUCCGGGCCAGUGGAGAGAAGAAAUCUGCGCUGUUUGGGAUUGCUCUUAACCAAAUGGGACUUGCCUGUGUGCAGCGUUACUCAAUAAAUGAGGCUGCAGAUCUUUUUGAAGAAGCAAAGAGUAUUUUGGAAAAGGAAUAUGGGCCAUAUCACACUGAUACAUUAGGGGUCAUUAGCAAUCUUGCUGGCACUUAUGAUGCAAUGGGCAGGCUUGAUGAUGCCAUUGGAAUUUUGGAAUAUCUGGUUGGCAUGAGAGAAGAGAAGCUUGGAACAGCAAAUCCUGAUGUGGAUGAUGAGCGGCGGAGGCUAGCGGAGUUGUUGAAAGAUGCCGGCAGGGUCCGGAGCAGGAAAACCAGAUCACUAGUUACACUCCUUGACACCAACCCUGAGAUCAUAGCAGAUGAUGAUUGUAUUAGGGUAUUGUAAUGAUGGUGGUGUAUAUAUGCUUGUUUAUAAGUUAAAUAUCUUUCAGAAGAGACUUAGGUGGUCGGUUUGUUAGAUUGUUCUUGGCAAAUUUGGGAAACUAAAUAAACAAUAAUAACAGCAAGGAGGAGAUCAUCCUGGUUCAAAUUGUUUGAUAUAGUACUAGGUAUCAACAGAAGUUCAUUUAUACUUUUGUUGUAUAUUGAUUGAUGAAUUAAUAUGUCACAUUCUUCUUUGUA